CGAGCGAGUCAGUAUGAUGGUGAUCCUGCUGAACUGUGUGACGCUGGGGAUGUACCAGCCCUGCGAGAACAUCGACUGCUCCUCCGAACGCUGCCAGAUCCUGCAGGCCUUCGACGCCUUCAUCUACAUCUUCUUUGCGCUGGAGAUGGUGGUGAAGAUAGUGGCGCUGGGGAUCUUCGGCCGGCGCUGUUAUCUGGGAGACACCUGGAACAGACUGGACUUCUUCAUCGUGAUGGCCGGCUCAACAGGUGUGGCACUCCCUGCUCCAUACUAUUCUCCCGAUGAGAAGGACGAGAGGCCCUUCAUCUGCUCUCUGCCGCAGGAUAAUGGCAUCAUGUCGUGCAGUGACGUGCCGGCGCGGCGUGUGGCGGGACAUCAGUGCUGUCUGGAAGUAGAUGAUCUCCUGCACCAUCAGGCACUGGGCCUCGUGACCGAGCCCUUUCUCAACGCCAGCGCCGUCGUCCCCGGGCUCUGUGUCAACUGGAACCGAUACUACACACGCUGCCACACCGGACACAGAAACCCACACAAAGGAGCCAUCAACUUUGACAACAUCGGAUACGCCUGGAUCGUUAUAUUUCAGGUUAUUACUCUGGAGGGCUGGGUGGAAAUCAUGUAUUACGUCAUGGAUGCUCACUCAUUCUACAACUUCAUCUACUUUAUUCUGCUGAUUAUAAGGAGCGAGUGUUUCUGGGUGGAAAUCAUGUAUUACGUCAUGGAUGCUCACUCAUUCUACAACUUCAUCUACUUUAUUCUGCUGAUUAUAGUCGGCUCGUUCUUCAUGAUAAACCUGUGUUUGGUUGUCAUAGCGACUCAGUUUUCAGAGACCAAACAGCGUGAGCAUCAGCUGAUGCAGGAGCAGCGAGCUGCCUGUCUGUCCUCCAGCACGCUGGCCGAACCCGGCAACUGCUACGAAGAGAUCUUCCAGCUUGUCUGCCAUGUCCUCCGCAAGGUGCGCCGACGCACCGCUGCCUUCUUCAGGACGCUCUGCUGCAAACCACCGGAGCAGAUGCAUGAGAAAACGGACAUCAACGGAGGAGAGAAGAGCCUCCAACAACAUGAUGGAGCUGCACCUGCCGCAUCAGCAGCCAAUCAGGAGACAGAGGAAGAGGUGGCCAACGAGACAGAGAGGUGCAAAAGGGCAGAGGGGGUGUGUCGGGGGCGGAGCCGAGAGCUGUGGAUGGAGAUGAGGGUCAAACUGUGGAGCAUCGUGGAGAGUAAAUACUUCAACAGAGGAAUCAUGGUGGCCAUCCUCAUCAACACCAUCAGCAUGGGCAUAGAGCACCAUCAGCAGCCAGAGGAGCUCACUAAUGUUCUGGAGAUCUGUAACAUCGUCUUCACCAGUAUGUUUGCUCUGGAGAUGAUCCUCAAGCUCACAGCAUUCGGCUGCUUUAAAUACCUGCGCAAUCCGUACAACAUCUUUGAUGGGAUCAUCGUGAUCAUCAGCGUGUGUGAGAUCGUGGGUCAGUCUGACGGCGGUCUCUCGGUGCUCCGCACCUUCCGCUUGCUGCGGGUCCUGAAGCUGGUUCGGUUCAUGCCGGCGCUGCGCAGACAGCUGGUGGUUCUGAUGAAAACAAUGGACAAUGUGGCCACAUUCUGCAUGCUGCUGAUGCUCUUCAUCUUCAUCUUCAGUAUUCUGGGAAUGCAUAUAUUUGGCUGUAAGUUCAGUCUGAAGACGGACACCGGAGACACGGUCCCAGACAGGAAGAACUUUGACUCUCUGCUGUGGGCGAUCGUCACUGUGUUUCAGAUCCUGACUCAGGAGGACUGGAACGUGGUCCUGUAUAACGGCAUGGCCUCCACGUCUCCUCUGGUGGCUCUGUACUUCGUGGCUCUGAUGGCGUUUGGGAACUACGUGCUGUUCAACCUGCUGGUGGCUAUUCUGGUGGAGGGAUUUCAGGCCGAGGGUGAUGCCAAUCGCUCGUACUCUGAUGAUGAUGAUGAUGAUGAUGAAGGAUCCUCCUCUAAUGGAAGUGAACAGCACAAAAACUCGCUCACGUCCUCCGAUCCUAAGCUGUCGUCUCUCACUCCUAAUGGGCAUCUGGAUCUGGCACCGCUGGCAGAGGAGAAGACCAGGACCGACUUCUCCGAGGAAAACCACCCGAGCAGAACCAUCUGCCUGGACAGGAGAUCCUCGUCUCUGGGUGAUGCCAAUCGCUCGUACUCUGAUGAUGAUGAUGAUGAAGGAUCUUCCUCUAAUGGAAGUGAACAGCACAAAAACUCGCUCACGUCCUCCGAUCCCAAGCUGUCGUCUCUCACUCCCAAUGGGCAUCUGGAUCUGGCGCCGCUGGCGGAGGAGAAGACCAGGACCGACUUCUCAGAGGAAAACCACCGGAGCAGAACCAUCUGCUUGGGCAGGAGAUCCUCGUCUCUGUGCCACAGCCGCAGUUCCCAUUACCACCACUGGGGGCGUCCUCCCCCUCAGCCGUCCUGGAGCCGGCGGUGUAGCUGGAACAGCGCGGGUCGCUCCGCCCGUGGUCUGAGGGCCGGAGGGGUCAUCGGGGGGAGCUUACGAGUCCGUGGCGUUCACUCGCACCCCGCCGAACACGAGUCUCUCCUGCCCCACCCGCCAUUCCUGUCUCGCCGACACCGCCGCGCUCUCUCACUCGAGCUGCCUGAGCUCCUGCAGCGCCCCCCGCUGGUCUGGAAGAAGAGUGUGUCUGCAGAACACCAGGACUGUAAUGGGAAGGGCCCGGGCCCUCAGGGGCCACUGCUGGGAGAGGUUUAUCCACAGCUCAACGCACGCAAAAACAAGAAUGACCUCGAGGAAGACACCGAAUAUAGCCUGUGUUUCCGUAUCCAGAAGAUGAUGGAGGUCUAUCGUCCGGGUUGGUGUGAGAGGAGAGAGGAUUGGUCCAUUUACUUAUUCUCUCCUCAGAACAAGUUUCGUCUGCUGUGUCAGACGAUCAUCGCUCAUAAGCUCUUUGACUAUGUGGUUCUGGCUUUCAUCUUCCUCAACUGCAUCACAGUGGCUCUGGAGAGACCCAGAAUCCAUCAGGGCAGUCUGGAGCGAGUCUUCCUCACCAUCUCCAACUACGUUUUCACUCAAAGCCAGCUGAUCCGGUCUCUGUCUCGUCUGUCUCAGGUGGUUUCUAAGGGUCUGUAUCUGGGGGAUCGCGCGUAUCUGCGCAGCAGCUGGAACAUUCUGGAUGGGUUUCUCGUCUUCGUGUCUCUGAUUGAUAUUGUGGUGUCGAUGACGGGUGGAGCGAAGAUCCUGGGCGUCCUGCGGCCCGUCAUCAAUAACAGCCCCUGGAUGCUGCUGUACUUCAUCUCCUUCCUGCUGAUCGUCAGUUUCUUCGUCUUGAACAUGUUUGUGGGUGUGGUGGUGGAGAACUUCCACAAGUGCCGGCAGCAUCAGGAGGUGGAGGAGGCGCGGCGGAGGGAGGAGAAGCGGCUGAAGCGCAUGGAGAAGAGGAGGCGCAGUAAGACCCUGCAUAUGAGGAGGAAGGAGUUUGAGCGUCUCAUUAGUCUCUCAUCUCUUCUCAGCUCAAUCCAUCUCCAUCGUCCCGCUGCUCUCCCCGUCAUCAAUAACAGCCCCUGGAUGCUGCUGUACUUCAUCUCCUUCCUGCUGAUCGUCAGUUUCUUCGUCUUGAACAUGUUUGUGGGUGUGGUGGUGGAGAACUUCCACAAGUGCCGGCAGCAUCAGGAGGUGGAGGAGGCGCUGCGGAGGGAGGAGAAGCGGCUGAAGCGCAUGGAGAAGAGGAGGCGCAAGGCCCAGCGGCUGCCGUAUUACUCCUCAUACGGUCGCGUUCGGCGGAUGAUUCACUCGUUCUGCACCAGUCAUUAUCUGGACCUCUUCAUCACCCUCAUCAUCUGCAUCAAUGUGGUCACUAUGAGCCUGGAGCACUACAACCAACCACGGUCGUUGGAGAUGGCGCUGACAUACUGCAACUACUUCUUCAGCUCCACGUUUGUGGUGGAGACCAUGCUGAAGCUCGUCGCGUUCGGCUUCAGACGCUUCUUUAAAGACAGAUGGAAUCAGCUGGAUCUGGCCAUCGUUCUGCUGUCUGUGAUGGGAAUCACUCUGGAGGAGAUUGAAAUAAACGCUUCGCUCCCCAUCAAUCCCACCAUCAUCCGAAUCAUGAGGGUCCUGCGCAUCGCCCGCGUUCUGAAGUUGUUGAAGAUGGCCACAGGAAUGAGAGCGCUGCUCGAUACUGUGGUGCAGGCGUUACCGCAGGUGGGGAAUCUGGGUUUGCUCUUCGUUCUGUUGUUCUUCAUCUACGCCGCGCUCGGAGUCGAGCUGUUUGGAGAACUGGUGUGUAAUGUUGAAUACCCGUGUGAAGGCAUGAGCCGUCACGCCACGUUUGAAAACUUCGGCAUGGCGUUCCUCACUCUCUUCCAGGUGUCUACAGGAGAUAACUGGAACGGCAUCAUGAAGGACACGCUGCGCGAGUGUCCGCCGGGCGACAGCUACUCGUGUAACACCAGCCUGCAGAUCAUCUCGCCCAUGUACUUCGUGAGCUUCGUUCUGACGGCUCAGUUUGUCCUGAUUAACGUGGUGGUGGCUGUGCUGAUGAAGCACCUGGACGACUCCAAUAAAGAGGCGCAGGAGGACGCAGAGAUGGAUGCGGAGAUCGAGAUGGAGCUGGCGCAGGGCGGCCUGUGCUGUCUGGGGCGUCCGGAGCGCUCGACCGGGGCCGAUGCGGGCGAGAGGCCGGCGAGAGGCUGCGGAAACAGACAGACGGUUCACACACACACCAGCACCAGCCAGAGUGGAUUGACACCGCACAGAAACACACAGGACACACAGAACCAGAGGAAACUCUACUCACCGGCACAGGUGUGUCUCGCACUCGCUGACAUACUGAACACGGGACACAGAGGACAUCACAGCCUGUGCCAUUUACUGUAA